AUGGCUGUUACUUCGGACACAAGCUCAGGGUUUGGCGGGAAAUUGGUCUCGAUCGCCGUUUCCGGAUUGCUGAAAGGGAACUGCUUCUGUGUUGGGGCCUCGUCGCGGUUCAGAACCACUGGCUCUAGUAUUCUGACUGCUGUUAACGGCAAGGAACUCUUAGCUAUCAUGGAUAAAAUGGGAAAAUUUUUGGUUUUACUUCCGCAGGACACGCAGCAUCUAAGCAACAGCAAAUUUACCCUCGGGGCAUUAUGCAACAGUCUUAAGAGAUCUCGGUGCGGUGCCUGUUAUCAGUAUCGAGGGUUUAACUUUUUCUUGAGUACUCUUGUGGAAUCUUUGAGUGGCUUGUUCUCGACGGAGUGUGUCACCUGUUAUCAAUCUCUUUUUGUCGCUGAGAGCAGUGUGACACCUGUUAAAGAUCCCCUUGUGUCGGUGUCUACUUUGCGUGUGAGCUGCGUGUCCACACCGGCGCGCAGUAUUCAAUUCAACGCCGGCGCUGAUGUCCACAGAGAGGAGCGUACAGCUCCUCAUGGAUCACAAGUAAAGCGGACGCAACGGGACGCCCGCCUGCCACACGGGUCGCUCUCCCACCCGGGCGUCCAGCGUCGUCCAGCCCUGCCAAGCUCAUCCACGUGGACGCCGGUUGCCCGCGUCUUAAAGACACGUUUUUUUCUGAUAAUAUACUUGUGGUUACAGGUUUUACUUGUGUUUGGUCGAGAGGACAGCGUGAGCGAGGCUUGGUGGUCGGCAUGUAAGCGUCAAGGACACGAAGUAUCCUUAGCGCGGAACCUUGAGGACACUCUCAAGGCCUUCCUGGAUCACACUCACGACCUCAUUAUCAUUGACGCGAGAUCUUCCAAGCACAUUAAUGCAGAGAACAUUUGCAAAUCAAUAAGAGCCUCUGAUCACAGCCAGUUUGCCGUUAUCGUUGGUAUUGUUAAGAGAAGCUUUGCAGAUCGAGAGAAUGCAACUGUAGGACCAUGGCUGAAGAAUGGAUUCAAUAGGAUUGUAACAGAAGUGUCAACUGUUGGUGGAGUUCUCAAUGACCUCAUACAAAUUGAACACUCUGAGCUGACCAACCAGUCACAACUUCGGGCAAUGCAAGCUGUCUUCACAGCACUAGAUGCAUGCAAAGAAGUGGUGCACAUCACAGACACUCAACACAGAAUACAAUACAUCAACCGCCCCUGUGAGACCCUGUUGGGGUAUGCAUUAGAUGAUGUAAUUGGAAGAAAUCUCUGGGAGCUCCACACUUCUGAUAACCAUAAACAUGAAUUACGUACAAUCGACCAGAGACCCUCGGUUGACUUUAGAACGUCGAUGGAGCAUCAGAAGUCAUCAGUGGACCACAAAUCCAUGUCUGACCAUAGGCAAUCAAUUGAUCAUAGACCAAGCGAUUCAAGAGUAAAUCUUGACAUCUCAGAGGCUGUCAAUAUGCAGAUGAGGAGAGGUAGAGAAUGGGAAGGUCUGGUUACGUGUAGAAGGAAGUCUGGCGAUACAUUACACUUACCAUCCAAAGUCAUACCAGUUGCUCCUUAUGCUCGGAAAAAUGAAUUCUACGUAUACACGAGUGACACCCACGCGUUGGAUCGGCUGGACUUUCCCUCUUCGGUGGACCAGUUUCAUCCUCGCGGCUCAAUUAAAUCCCUCAGGAAAGGCUCCUAUGAUAUACGCUCUCUCAAUAGUGAUGGAACUCAGAACAUCAUCAGACGGCAUAGUCUAGUGAAGCUCCACUCCUUAACCAUUGAGGCCCCAAUCACGCGGGUCUUCAACAUCAUCACAGCAGCGCAGGAGAAUUCCCCGGCUUACGUGGCGCAGGCGUUGGAGAAGGUCCUGGAAAUCCUGAGGUCCACAGAGCUUUAUUCCCCUCAGCUUAUUUCGGCCGCUCCAGACAACAAUAAGCCCAUGCCGGCAGAUCCAGUUGCUACUGACCUUUUAGGAGGAUUGUUGUCGCAAGGGCCAAAGCCACUUCUGUCAGGUCGUCGUAGUAGUAGUGAUACUGCAACAAAGUACAGUCAGCUACCUCGUCCAUCACUUCCCCUGUUGCAACAGCAGGCCUCUGCAGGAAUACGAGAGAUCUUAGCGGAAGAUUUGUCUUGGAACUUCGAUGUCAUCAAACUGGAGAAAAUAACAGAUAAGAGACCUCUUGUGUGGAUUGGAAUGAGCUUGAUGUGUCGUUUUGACAUCCCAAAUACACUUGGCUGUGAUGAACAGACGUUACAGAAUUGGCUGACAUUGAUUGAAGCCAAUUACCACCCAGAUAACACGUAUCAUAAUUCAACCCAUGCGGCGGAUGUUCUCCAGUGCACAGCUUACUUUUUAAAUCAGGAUAGAAUAAAACAGCUUUUGGACCCUCUGGACGUGGCCUCAUGCCUCAUUGCAGCUGUGGUUCAUGAUGUAGAUCAUCCUGGCAAAAACAGUGCAUUCUUGUGCAAUACAGAUAAUGAGCUUGCUAUCCUCUAUAAUGAUCUGAGUGUUCUUGAGUCACACCAUGCAGCGGUUUCCUUCAAGCACACACAUUCAGACGACCGAGUGAAUAUAUUUAAAGCUCUGGACCGCGACACAUACAAGCACAUACGCAAGAGCAUCAUCGACAUGGUCCUGGCAACAGACAUGACAAAGCACUUCGAGCACCUGAGCAAGUUCGUCAACAUGGCCGGGAGCAGCAAGACCCCAGUUAAGGACGAUGACACGUCUUCCCUCGAUGGAGCAAGAGAUUCUCCAGACUUGAUGUCCUUUGGUACACCAGAGAAUUUGGUCAUAAUUAAGCGCAUGAUGAUCAAGUGCGCUGAUGUAAACAACCCAGUGCGUCCAUUGCAUCUGGCCAUUGACUGGGCGCACCGUAUAGCGAAUGAGUAUUUUUCACAGACGGAAGAGGAGAAGAAACGCAGUCUACCCAUUGUGAUGCCGCAGUUCGACCGGACUACGUGUUCAAUCCCUAAGUCUCAGAUUGGAUUCAUUGAUUUCUUUAUAACUGACAUGUUUGAUGCAUGGGAUGCACUGGCCGAGAUACCGGAACUGAUGGGUCACUUGAGAAGAAAUUACCAAUUUUGGAAAGAGCAAGAGGAAGCGUCAAAGAACAUCUCCUCGCAGACCCCUCCAGCUCUGACAGCCAAUGAAGAAGAGGGUCUUGAAGAGGAGACCACAAAAGAAAUGACAGAGAAUUCCACAGGAGAAGACACAAGCACUCAGAAAGAGACGAGCUAGUAACACCUCAUCUAGGCAUGAUAAUUUGGUUAGGGUUCGGUUAUAAAGGUUCUUUAGACUACUUCAGAAGUUUGAACAGAGAUAUAUAUAUAUAUAUACUUUAAACAGAUGAUACUAUAUAGCUGUUUUCAUGAUGGGUUCGAGCAGAAUUAUGUUUUGUGCUAUCUUAAAUUAUUGUUGGCAAAAUAGUAAAACUUCGGUUUAGUGCUAGUAUUUACAGUAAGAACUGAAUUCUUUCAUGAAUUAGAUUUAGUAUCCAAUCACAUGGCUACUAUAUUCUUCCAAGUUUCCUAUUUUUAUAUUCCUAUAUUCUAUAUACCUUGGACUUAACCCUUCUCAGUCCAGUCAGAUUCUUGUUUGGAGUUUGAUGCAUAAUGUUUAUUGUAAAACACUGAUAACGUAAAAGUUUUGAUAUCUGCCUUGCAGUGUUUAACCACAUUCUCAAGAGCAGUCACAAGAAAUUUAAUUGUUACUUUAUAUAUACGCACAGAGUAUA